AUGGAUGCAGACGAUGUAGAGAACGACGCCUUCGGCGGCGGCGGCUUCGCGUCGUCGGGCGAGGAGGAUGCCGGCGACGCCAAAAAGCCACGCGCGCUACCAUUGGACCUGCCCAAGUCGCUGGAUGACCGACGGCGCCCAACAGACCUCGUGCCCGAGACGGAGCUUUACGAUGGGUGGCAAGGACAAUCCCAGUUCUUGACCUCUCCCAUGCUUGCGAAACCGCUCGGCUUCGGCGACCUCACCCUCAACGACCCCAACUACAGCGAGGACCUGACAAAGGGCCAUGUCCCAGACAGCGACACGCGGCUCAUGGAAAUGCUAGCCGCGCAGGCCGCCCUCUCCAACAACGCCGCCGCCAUUGACGAGGACGCGGACGCCGUGGCGUCCAACGAGGAGCUCUCCGACGACGACAAGCGCGCGACCCUGCAGCGUAUCUUUAAUAUGGCGGCCAGCAAUGGCAAUGUCGUGCAGGUCCGCAAGAUUCUGGACGGCCCGGCGCGGCCAUUUAUCGAUCUCAACGCACCCGACGAGGACGGCACGCCGCCGCUCAUCUACGCGAGCUGCUUCGGCCACGAGGGCGUUGUGCAGGCGCUGAUUGCCGCGGGAGCCGACGUCGACCGACAAGACCGCAACCACUGGAGCGCGCUGAUGUGGGCCAUGACGAACCGGCACAAGAACAUUGCCAAGCUCCUGCUCGACAGCGGUGCGGCCACCGACACCAAGACGUCCAGCGGGCGCACGGCCUUUGAUUUUGUGCCGCCGGACAGUGAAAUGUCCUUUUAUCUCCACGACAGCGGCUACAACAUUGGCAACGCCGGCGUGACGGACGACUUUUACAACCCAGGCUUCUCGCAGGACCGGUUCGAAGAGGAGAUGGCCGAGAACGAGAUGCGGCGACGAAUGAUGAUGGAGAGCGCCCGUGACCUGGAGGUCGACCUGGGCAAUGUCGGCAUCGACGACCAGCCAGAACCAGUGGACGAGUUCGAAGAGGAGCAGCAGGAGUUUGACUGGUCACGCUGCUUGCACGACCAGAUGUUUGUGUUCCAGGAGGUCGACCUGGACCGCAUCCUCGACAUUGUCAUCACCAACAUGCAGCCCCAGCGCUCACCGUCACAAAAACCGGUCCCCGCCAACGUCAUCUUCCUGAGCGCCCGCUACGCCCACUACCACGCCAGCCAAGACCUGUUAGCAAAGUUGCUGAUCACCGCCAUGGACAAGAUCAACGACGUUGUCGAACAGCACCAGUGGGACAUGACGAUCUUGGCGUUUUGGAUCUCCAACGCGACGCUGCUCCUGCACUACCUGAAGAAGGACGCCGGGCUCGUUGAAGCGACAACCGAGUUUCAAGCGCAGCUGGCCGAGCUCAUCAACGAGAUCUUUAUUCUCAUUGUGCGCGACGCCGAGCGGCGGCUGGACAAGGUUCUCGACGCCGGCAUGCUGGAUCACGAAAUCAUCCCCGGGUUUGAGGACAUUACCUUCCAGAACGAGUGGAAGAUCUUCAAGCGCAAGAAGGAGGUCAAGGAGGAGCCGCUCGAGCGGCGCAUGCGGCCGCCGUCGCCCAAGCAGCGGGCCAAGCCCGCACCGCGCAACGUGACCUCGCUGCUGUCGUCGACGCUGUUCGUGCUGGACCUCUACGACGUGCACUCGGUCAUCACGGCGCAAAUCAUCUCGCAGCUGAUGUACUGGCUGAGCGCGGAGCUGUUCAACCGCAUCAUGUCCAACCGCAAAUACCUGGCGCGUACCAAGGCCAUGCAGAUCCGCAUGAACGUGUCCAUCCUCGAGGACUGGGCGCGCACCAACAACCGCAUGCCCGAGCACUUUGAGCAUGGCGAGAUGCGCUCGUCGGGUGAGCCCACGAUGGAGGCCGCGCGGCGCCACCUGGAGCCCGUCAUCCAGCUGCUGCAGUGGCUGCAGUGUUUCUCGUCGCUGGGCGCCGACGAUCUCGAGGCGCUGGUCGGCACGCUGCAGCAGCUGAAGGCGCUGAGCCCGCAGCAGCUGAUCCACGCGGCCGAGCACUACCGGCCCGAGGUGGGCGAAAAGGGCCUGCCCAAGAGUGCGAUGAAGUACCUCGUGGCCAUCCAGCGCGAGGCGACGCUGCGGCGUGAGGAGCUCCGCAACCGGCGCAAGACCAUGUCGCCGACGCCGCCAACAAAGAGCAGCAGCAAAAAGCUGUCGAAUCCCGCCGCCGCACCUGCGCCCACGGCCCCGGCCUUUGUCGUCAAGGCCGUCGCAUCCGCCGCCGCGAGCGCCUACGGCGCACCACCUGCCCUGGCCGAUUUCGCCGGGUCGGCGGCUGUCAAGGUGAGCGAGGCGCAGGCGGCCGAAGCGGCCGCACAAGCGGCCCACGACGCACCCUCGACACCCGCCAAGAAGAACGGCGGCGGUGGCAGCCUGACACCGGCGGCCACGCCGGCCAAGACGCGCGACGACGGCGACGCAGACGACGAGGACGACGCGCCCAAGCAUCUGCUUCUUGACCCGGCGCUGAUGCUGCCGUUCACGCUGCCAUCGGCAACGGACAUGCUGGUGUCGUACGGCGCCGGCUUCGGCGGCGUGAACCGUGAGCGCGAGCACAAGUACAUUCCGACGCUGCCGCCAGAGUUCCUGGCCAAGUUGGAGAGCGCCAACAACAACAAUGGCAGCCGGCGGCCGAUGUUUGCGGAGAAGGACUGGGAAAACGAGGACGUGUAA